AUGGCGCAGGCGGUAGAGCGUACCUCUGGACUGUCUUGGGGUCAGGAAACAGGGGGUUCGUUGGAAGUCGGGACCAUGAUGGCAAUACUCCUCCCACAAUGGCUCAAGCCGGAUAAUGUUCCAGAGCCUCACCCUCCUAACUGGCUCAUGGAUUGUGUCUUCAGACCUGUAUGGACGGACGAGGCCAAGACAGAAGGCAGACUGGAGUUUAUUCCAAUGGAGGAGCGAUCCGUCGGCCACCGCACCCACUCAAGGUUGGAGGAGAACACCAGGAAUGGUCACUUCAAGGCGCACCCAGCCCUGAGACGGGCCUUAGACAAUGACGGGUCUUUCGACUUGGUUGACGACCUGGCGGAACGCACAAACGGGAUCGUUAUCCACAAGUCUGAGAACGGUACCUUCGAAUUAGCCAGUACCCGCGCGUUUCGACAGAUGAUUUCCUCCAAGUCCUACCGCCCUCCAACCCCAGCACCAUAUCACUCACCCAUGAUCACACCGCCCCCACCACUCACUGCCACCUUCUGGACAUCCCUCUGGUCAUCCUUCUGGAAGAACAAGAUCCUGCACAAUGCGCGCAAUGUCUGGUGGCGGCUCCUGAUCAACAAACUUCCCUCUGGCCUCCACCUUCACUCCAUUAUUCCUGAUAUGGUUGAGUCCCUCUGCCGUGUCUGUGGAAUUGAUCUGAAGAAAUGUCAUGAAAUCCCCAUCUUCAUCGUGAUUAAUACUAUCAUGGCCCCUGUCUGGAGGUACCAUCACGCCUUUGUCCGUGAGGACCAAGCCUUUGAACCUCGCAUGGUACUUGCCGCGGUGGAUUUGGCCAUUGACCAAGUUCGCGCUCAGUUGGCUGAGAAGAAGCGACAGAGCGAGGAGCGUGAACCCCCACCCCCCAGUCGAGCUCCCCUUUGUGAGGAGUGUUAG